CUAUGCCGUGACUGUUCAGGAAUCAUACUCGCAUCCCUUUGAUCAGAUCUAUUACACGAGAUGCACGGAUAUCCUGAACUGGUUCAAGUGCACUCGACACAGAAUAAGUUAUAAGACAGCGUAUCGGAGGGGACUGAGGACUAUGUAUCGGCGACGAUCGCAAUGCUGCCCAGGAUAUUACGAGAGCGGAGACUUCUGCAUCCCUCUCUGCACAGAAGAAUGUGUCCACGGAAGGUGUGUUUCUCCCGACACGUGUCACUGUGAACCUGGAUGGGGGGGCCCAGAUUGUUCCAGCGGCUGUGAUAGUGACCACUGGGGUCCUCACUGCAGCAACCGCUGCCAGUGCCAGAACGAAGCGCUUUGCAACCCCAUCACUGGCGCCUGCGUCUGUGCGACUGGAUACAAAGGGUGGCGCUGCGAGGACUUGUGCAACCCAGGAAGUUACGGCAAAGGCUGCCAGCUGAAGUGCCAGUGUCACAAUGGGGCCACCUGUGACCAUAAGACCGGGGAGUGCCACUGUGCUCCUGGAUACACAGGUGUCUUCUGCGAAGAGCAUUGUCCUCCUGGCAGCCAUGGAGCGCAGUGUGAGCAGCGAUGCCCGUGCCAGAAUGGGGGGACCUGCCACCACAUCACUGGAGAGUGUGCCUGCCCCCCAGGAUGGAUGGGCUUUGUAUGUGCCCAGCCGUGUCCAUCAGGAACAUACGGGGUUAACUGCAGCCAGGAUUGCCCAUGUCAUAAUGGAGGGCAAUGUGAUCAUGUGACGGGGGUUUGCCUAUGCACUGCAGGCUAUAUGGGAGACAGAUGCCAGGAGGAGUGCCCUGUUGGGACGUUCGGCUUUCAGUGCAUGCAGAAAUGCAACUGCGAGAACCGAGCCAAGUGCUACCACAUCAACGGGGCCUGCCUGUGCGACCCAGGCUUCAAAGGGAUCCAUUGCCAGGAGCGGAUGUGCCCCGAGAGAUAUUAUGGGCUGAAAUGCAACAAGCGGUGUCCUUGCCAUGUUCCAAACACAGUCAGCUGUCACCCUCUGUCUGGAGAAUGCAACUGCAAAGCCGGCUGGGCAGGACUCUACUGCAAUGACACCUGUCCUCCGGGAUACUAUGGUGAAAGCUGCCAGCUUGCCUGCCGCUGCCAGAAUGGAGCAGAUUGUGAUAGUAUUACAGGGAAGUGCUCCUGUGGCCCAGGAUAUAUGGGAGAAGACUGCUCUGUCGUUUGUGCAGCCGGAACAUAUGGAGGCAACUGCUCAUUGGUUUGCAACUGCAGAAACGGUGGCGGGUGCUCCCCAGUGGAUGGUUCGUGCUUCUGCAGAGAAGGGUGGCAGGGAGCAGAUUGUUCCAUUCCGUGUCCGAGUGGCACUUGGGGUCUCAACUGCAACCAGUCAUGUUACUGUGCUAAUGGAGCCGCCUGCAACCCUAUGGAUGGAUUCUGCCUUUGCUCUCCUGGAUGGCAAGGGGAUUUCUGUGACCUGCCCUGCCCUGACGGGACAUACGGCCUGAACUGCAGCGAACACUGUGACUGUAGCCAUGCAGAUGGAUGUGAUCCAGUUACAGGUUAUUGUUGCUGCCUUGCUGGUUGGACAGGCAUCCAUUGCGACAGCGUCUGCCCAGAAGGGCGAUGGGGACCCAACUGCUCCAUCACUUGCAACUGUGAAAACGGGGGGUCCUGCUCCCCAGAGGAUGGGACCUGCGAGUGUGCACCAGGCUACCGAGGACCCCUGUGCCAAAGAAUUUGUCCACCUGGUUUCUACGGACAUCAAUGCAGCCAGCCGUGUCCCCAGUGCAUUCACAGCACUGUCCCCUGUCAUCACGUUACAGGACAUUGUGACUGCCUCCCAGGAUUUUUUGGGCCACUCUGCAAUCAAGUGUGUCCAAGCGGAAGAUAUGGGAAGGAUUGUGCCGAAGUGUGUCUGUGCACGAACAACGGGACAUGUAACCCCCUGGAUGGGUCUUGCCAGUGCUACCCUGGUUGGAUAGGCAAAGACUGUUCCCAGACAUGUCCUCUUGGCUUUUGGGGUGCAGAUUGUUUUCAUUCUUGCAGUUGUCAUAAUGGUGCAGUAUGCAACCCUCACGAUGGAGAAUGCAGGUGCACCCCUGGCUGGACGGGUCCCUACUGUACACAACGAUGUCCAGCUGCUUUCUAUGGCAAAAGCUGUGCCAACGUCUGCCAGUGUCAGAAUGGAGCGGAUUGUGACCACAUUACUGGGCAGUGCACAUGCAGGACGGGGUUUACGGGGAAGCAAUGUGAGCAAAAAUGCCCCCCAGGAACAUUUGGUUACGGUUGCCAGCAGCUGUGCGAAUGCAUGAACAACGCGACCUGCGACUACGUUACGGGCACCUGCUACUGCAGCCCUGGCUUCAAAGGAAUCAGGUGUGACCAAGCGGCUCUCAUGAUGGAAGAAUUAAACCCCUAUACUAAAAUUAGUCCCGCUCUUGGAUCGGAGAGGCAUUCAGUGGGAGCCAUCAUUGGGAUUAUUAUCCUCCUGCUAAUUAUUAUGGUUCUGCUGGCACUCUUCGUAUGGUAUCGACGGAAGCAGAAGAAAGGCCACGACAUGCCAAGCGUCUCAUACACGCCAGCCAUGCGGAUGACAAACACCGAUUACUCACUCUCUGAUAUAUCUCAAGGUAGCAGCAGUGCACACUGUUUUUACAACCCAAGCUACCACACCCUGCCUUGUGGUGUGACUUCACGGUUCUUUCCCAGUAAUCUGGAUGGAAACCUCUCCAGUAAGCUCAGUAAUAAAAUCCUUGACAGACGCACUGCCGACUGGAGAGCUUACGGCUAUCUGAGUGAUCUAGGUGCUUAUGGGAUGAAUAGACGUCAGAACACAUACAUUAUGGAAAAAGGCUUCAAAGACUAUAUGAAGGGAUCUGCCUGCAGCUCCAGCACCUGUUCCCUCAACAGCAGCGAAAACCCCUACGCCACCAUCAAAGACCCCCCCAUCAUGGCAUGCAAACAUUCCGAGAGCAGCUAUGUGGAAAUGAAAUCUCCCGUUCACCGGGACGCAUCCUAUUCUGACACACCAGCCUUGUCAGCAGCUAAUAAAAACAUAUACGAUGUUGAGCCCACCAUCAGCGUCAUCCAGGAGGCUCGUCUCCGCAAUGCUGUCUACAUCCAAAACCCAUACGACAUGCCCAGGAACAGUCACAUCCCCUGUCACUACGACGUUCUCCCUGUAAGACACAGCCCAACGCAUGGGACACUUUGGGACAAGCAGUCUUAGAGGGCUGUGCGUGCUGCUGCUGCACUCAUAAACUUUGUUCCCCGAUGCAAUGACCGAAGAGAAGACAAUCCUUUCUGUUUUGUUCUGCUACAUGCUGGAUAAACAACAACACAACGCAAGGAACCCGAAGACAAGACUUUUAUUGGGCCAACUUCCUUCUGCAUGAAACACUUUCUUUUUACGAGACAGUUUUAUACCGAUCACAGG